GAAUAAAAUACUUUAAAGUUUUUAUCUUGGAUCACUACCGCGGACUAAAAAAUAUUCAUAAAUAUUUUAUUCCUUAGAGGCCUUGCUUAUAACGUUGUUUCAAGUGUCUUUGUAUUCAUCCUUUGCUACAAAUCCUCUUCUGCAGCGACUAUCCUUAAGGUGUCUGAAUCCGUCACCUUUAUCUCGCUGUUCUGUUCGUUACUUCCAUCCUACUCUAAGGUCUUUUCUUUGCCGCUCCUCGGACCAAAAGAUGGGAUUAGACACCGGAAGUGUCGAGAAAGUUAUCUCAGUUCUCGAAAAGAGGGCUGACAACUCGGAGAAGGCGAUUGAGAAUCUAAUGAAGAUGGUCGAUGGCGUGUCAGAUAAAUCGAGUCUAAUUGAGCGCUUGGAGAAGCUGCUGAAGCUGCUAAACGAGGAUCGCGAGGAGUGCGAACUAAUCCGAGCCCAACGCGAUGAGUUGAAGGAGGAGAACGAGCGGCUGCGUGUGCAAAUCGAUAAGCACGCGUAUCGCAUUAAACAUCUCUUGAGAACCAUUGAGUCUAUCGAAUCGGAAAAAAACUAGCUUGCUAAUACUUUUGUGUGUUGUAUUUGUGUGUGUAUGUUUGCGAAGUAAAUUAACGAUAAAAAUGCAGUGGGAAUGAAGUCAAUAUUUUCGAGGAAAUAUUUUUUUACUUUUCAGGUAACGCUUCUCAUUCCCUUUUCAGAAAUAGUAUUGCGGUGAAAUAAAAAGAGAAGGAAUUUUAACAAUGACAUUUUUACUAUCUGUCUAAUUCAAUUUAUGAUAAUUAUCGUUCCUUUAUCUAUCACUCUAUUCUUUUCUUUGGAUUUGAGUUUAAAGUUUUCAUGCAAUUAAGGUGGAAUUUAGGAAAAAGAUUCUUUAUUUUUGUCAUCUUAUAUAUUAUUUUUAGGAGACAAUAGGUUUCAGCAGAGGGCCUCUCAUUACCAGCACUGAUCCGCGCAGCCUUGGGGUUGUACUAUCUAUAACUACAAACAGGAAAACCUAUCAGCUAGCAUUUUAUUUUCCUCUGGGCUCAUAAUAAGGGAAAAUAAAGAUACCUUUGUAUACAUCUUCGUAUAAAUAACUAAAUAUAUAUAUAUAUAUAUAUAUAUAUAUUAUUUAUUUAUUUAUACAGUAUACAAAGUGAGCUUGCUUGCUUUCCUGGAAAUAAAACUUCAAUACGGCAAAGGCCUAUUUUUAGUUUUGUUUCUACUUUCUCUUGUUACAAUAUUACCAUUUCUAUUAUUGUUGGUCUCAAGAAGAGUUUUGUCUAUUAUUUCUUUCACAACGCAUCAUUAAUUCGUCUGUUUUUAUUAUUUCAGAAUUUGCUGCUGUAUCUAUCUUUCAUUGUGAAGCAAAAAAAACGAUACGGGGGUCCAAAACAUAUACAAAGUUUCUUGUGAUACCAUUAUAUGCAUACACAUAUUAAGAUCGUUAAAAUUACAGACUUAUAGAAGUAAUUACACAAAAGAUCUGUUAAAAAAGGACACCCCUGUUCUUUUUCUGCUUACCAAACCGAUUUGAUAUAUACCUUACUCGAUUUAAUAAUUUUUAUUUUUCUAUAGCUUUGAAUUUUUGAGUUUCCGGAAGAACUAUACCCAAUAAUAAGCGGAAGUUUUGCCCGCUUCAGUACGCACAGGCAUUUUCCAUUUUAUUUAUCACUUUGAUUUAUAAUUAUGAGCCGAAGUGGAGGGUAUUUACCGAUGAUAAAAGAUACACGCAGCGGAAAGCCUAGCCAACUCAAUUAUUCCCGCAUUCAAUCUGUAGACUAUAAAUCUAACACGUUUUUAAAUUCUUUUCCCAAUGUUGACGGGGCCACGAUUGACGAGGAGACGUCCGAAGAUGAUUUUAGGAAGAUGUCUCUCAACCACAUCGAGGAUGAGUUUGAAAAUGAAGAUGUAGACAUCUUUUCAGAUGUCUUGAUUAGUCUUUCGUGGUUGAGCGAGGUACUUUUCCACACAAAGCCGCAUCAACGCCAUGCAAGCGCGCAAUUCGCAAGGCCAAACGCCUCCCGCCUCGCCGAUCAUAUCCAAUCAGUGUGGGUUUGGCGCGCCCUGAUGGUUUUUUCGUGGCUAGCAGCUAUUUUCGUGAAUUGGGUUGGUGUUUUCGCGCAUAUGAGCCUGAGCCCCGUUCUCGUGGAGGCCGCAGUGAUAACCGCACGUUUUAUAAUUUACUCGUCGGAAUCCAACUUUUGGUUGCCGCUAAGCCACAGCGGCGGUGAUGGCGGCGGGGAGGUCGCGAGUGGAGGGAUCAGCUAUGGAGGGGGGGGCGGUGCCGCGCAGGAUUCAGCAGCGAGCACGCUCUCCACUCGACGGUUUAAAGGCGUGGGUGGCAUGACAAUCCCCUCAACUGCCUCGGCUCCCUUUCCAAGUGCUAAAUUCAACGGCUUUAACGUUAUCAGCUUUAGUCUGCGCAUCGGUCGCACAACACGGUUUAGCUAUCACACCUUCUUCACUAAUGCGACCUUUUUCUACGAAAUGGGAGUUUACUUUUUCGCGGCAUUUUUCUUGUUGGAUUCGCUCUUCCUCCAGCGGGCGGUGUUGGGUCUUUUCAUUUCCAACACGAUGCAAUGGGCAAAUUUCUCAAACGUGAUGGCUCUGUCGGCUGCGGUUGUAGUUUUGACGACCUUGCUGUUCUUACGACCAUCAACCGAGGUGAGCCUGCGCCAAUUAGCUUAUCUUCGCCAGUGCAAUUACGCCCAGCAUGCUUAUUUUUCCUACGCCUUCGCGAUUUCAUUAACGAGCUUGUUGUCAAACGGGCUUCUUUUUGUGGGGCAGCGUGCAAGGAUUGUAGAGGCAGCCAUCGAUUUUGUGCAAAUCUUGCAACGUGUGCAAUCCCUCGUGUUUAAUUAUGGAGUAGUGAAGUCGCCAUCGCGAGCAGCAGCACGGGGGCAGAGUUGGUUCAAUUUUAACUUUGUUCUAUUCCUGGCCUCAUGGUACACUAUUGUAAUGUGUGAGUGGAGCUUUGACAUACAAUUGUUCGCGGUGUUUUUUUUCUUUUUGGUUGCACCUAAGAUCAUCAGUCGCUCUAUCUGGAGCAGUCGUCAGAACUGUAACAUUCUGGGUGUAACUUCUGAUCUCAUGGUGUAUCUGAGUACUAUUCUGUGGUUACGUGUGAUGGUCCCAUUUAAUGAAAUUCAGUUUCUUUCAUCCAUGAUGCGGACGGCACUAAUUUUACUUCUUAUGGUUUGCCAACGCAGUGAGAAAUUGCAUCACAACUUACCCUCGGAAUUUUACAUGUGCCUAUGCACACUGCUAAUGGGGCUUGAGUGCUACUACUUCCCGCGUAACAAAUAUAACGACCAAAACCGUACUGAUGCUCUUGGUCAGAAACGUGGCUUGAUCCCGCAGAAUUUCAAGAUGUACUCGAUUCAAAUUUUGAGCAGCUACAACGUCUCGUGGGCUUAUGGGCCCUUUUUGGAUGAAAAUAUUAUCGCGUUUGGCACUGUGUGUCUCUACGCAUUAGCGAACCGAAAAAAUGAUCCGGGGAAAGGGCGUAAGGAUCGGCAACAAAGGGUCGAAUCCCCCCAAACGUCUGUCCAAACCGAUGAGAUAGGUCUAAAGACUCUCGUAGAGAAGUUUAAUAGUUUCGUGUUUUCCUCAAGGGCAGGUCGGACGCGUAAGAGCACUCCGUAUGCAACUUCAGUACCUGAAGUACCGUCGCAGAUCCCAAGUAGGAUGUAUCAUGCGGGAGUGAACCGCAGAAAAAACGUCGUGCUAACGGCAUCACCAUCGAAAGGCGUUGAGGCGAAGGUCUCUCUUUCCACUAGCCCGAUCUCCCCGAAUGGCACCGGGUCCCGAAUGCGUAGGGGAGCAAAACCAGAUGACGACUCCUUUGCGAGGACUUAUAAUUUAUUGAGUGAAGCAGAAAGCAGUGGUGAGAUUCAUAUCAAGGAGGCCUCGCCUAUCACCGAGGCCGUCGAUAAUACGGCGGACGGUACCGCGGCCAAGUUGAUAGAUAAUACGUCUCUAGAAAGUCACUUAGAGCUGGAGAGCUUCGAGAUCCCUAACUCGGGUAGACCUUGCUCCGCGACGGAAGUGGUUAGUGUAAGUGAACCCCUUACGCUGGUGACUUCCGAAAACGCCUCUGAGGCUUCCACCAAUAUCGAAGGAGCGGAUUCGAACGGCUCAGUAGGGAUUAUAGUUACUACUGAAGCGCUGGCUAUUUCUCAGAAAAUAUUUUCCAGGGAAGAAAAGAAAUCACAUCAUGGGGAAUCGGAAUCCAAACCAUAUCAUUGUCCACAUGGCGCCACGUCCGCAUCAUCCCUGAAAACCAGACAAUCUGAUCCUAUGAGUUCUGGAAACGUCCCCUCGACAAAUCUCAAGGAAGCUUUGAGUUGCGAUAGUGAUAGCGGAACUUUGGCUGAGUACGACAAGAAAAUGGAUGAGGAGCCAAGAUCAACUGAACGAGGUCAUGGUAGAAACGACUCCUUGCAGAAGUCGUCCGGCACAGAUGAGACCACGACUUUGGAGGAUAAACUUUCUUCUCUUCACCCUAGACUCAAGACCAUGGAAUGGAUUGAGCCCCAUGAAGAGAAUAAUGAGAAUUUAGCUGAUCAAACAGUCGAGAUUAAGAGUCCUAUUGAACGGACGUUACGAAAAGACGUGAAUAGCAAAUUCACUUUAGAACCUCUGGGUCGCCCGUUAUCCAGGGUGCCAUCUUCCAAGAGUGUCGAAUUCUCUCAACCAUCCAAUCACUCUCAGAACAACGUGAACGAUCAUGCUACGAAGAAUGCCAAAGAAUUCACGAAGAAAAAUAAGGAACCCCAUUUUAGCGCAGUCGAGGACGGUGGAGACAGGCUGGGGAUGAGGGGCGGGAAACCCACCGCGGCGGUGGAUCCACGACCCUCCCAGCCGCUGCCCCUGAAAACGCGUAAAGAGGCAGAGCGAAGAAAAGGGGAUCUGUUGGCGGAGAAACCACCGCGGGAGACGGAGCGAAAACCCCUGCCAAGUGCGAAGGCCAAGGCGAAGCUGGAGCUCUCCCCCGCGCGCUCGAGCGAACCCGUGGAGCGAAAGAAGGGCGCUCCCCCGCCGCCCUCGCAGGCGGCCCGCGUUGCCCCUAACUCACGCAUCCCCCAGCCGGUUUCGGAGUGGUUCACUCAGCCCCCCAAAUCAGUGUGGGGAGUCAGCCCCGCUGCGCCUCUCCCCUUCUCCCUCUCUAAUGAAGGGGAUUCCCCCCCGUCAUUGGGGGUUCGCUCGGCCCUUGCGGAGAUGACCUCCUCAUCGAUCUUCCCCGGGCAUGCGAUGGAGGGGAAUCGAUCCACCCCACAGGGAAUUCCGUUUUUCUCCUCCUUUGCAGGGGCGAGGAGUGGGGGGAAGCCGGCCACGGCAGGAGGGAUGUCGAGCCACGUGCCGCUUUCUUUUCCGGAUCCCCCGCCCCAAGCGACCGUUCAAUCGAGUCCACUGCCGUGGGAGGAGUCCGGGAACUUGUGUGUGGGCUUUUCUGAGGGAAUGAGCAAGGAGGAGGAGCCAAACUUGAAUUCCAUGAAUCAGGGUACUUUCGUGAAGGCCCAACAGCCCAUCCCUUUCCAUUCGGAGCAACCGACUUGCGCCAUGAGUGGCCCCUCCGAACCUGAAUUGAAUCUGAGCUUUGAUAACGAAGAGGGCCUCGCCGAGCUGCUUUCUGCCGUCGCCAGAAUGGAGAACAAGGAUAGUUUUGAUGCCAAAGAGGAGUUUUCGAACGUCGAUUCGCUUCCUUUCUUCACCGGCACGAUCUACCCCUUCACGAUGGAGUCCAACGCGCCGGAGGUCCAGUCCCCCGUGGGGGCGGUCGCCAUGCCGGAUGCCGAUGUGGCCCUCAAAGGAUCCGAACCCCCCACCGGCCUCAGCCCCGACGACGGCCUGCCCGUUCAAGGCGAGUGGUCGGUGGUGAAUUCGGAGACGAUCCGUCCGGAGCCGGGGAUCGCGGGCUCCGCCGAGGAAUCGCUGCCGGCCCGUCAUCCCAAUAGCUAUGGCUGCGCGGGCAACCUCCAGGCCUCGAGCAACUUGGCGGCCUCCUUGUAUGAGCCGUCCCAGCUGAACCCGCAUUUUGGCGUCAGCACCUGCUUCGGGAUCUAUCCGUCGACGGAAGAGUUGGGCCGUGGGUGCAGCCCAGGGGUUCACCCGGGUGGGGUCGAGAUGUCGACGCCGCUCUCCUUCUCCCCACAGGUGUCCUCGGAGAUGGCGCAACGGGACGCCUUAGGGGCUCAAGGGGGAAGCUUCAAUCGGCACCCCCAGAGCGCGCGGCCCGUGAUUGGGAGAGUAGGGGCGAAGACGACGCAGGAAUCCAUGCUAACGGCGAUCCCGUUGCCCAACCUAUUUAUUUCCAAUUCCCAGUACGCCAACGUGUUAGCGCAGCAGCAGCAGCAACAACAACAGCGAAUGCAGCACCUACAGCAGCAAUCCUCUCUUCGUCCGGCAACGUCGCUGAAACAGCAGGAAAUGACACCGGUGCAGUUGAUUUCCGCACAGCCAGAACAAUUCACGGCUAUUCCUUUGCCCGACGGCCGGAUGGGACUCGUGCGGCUCAUUCACCCCCUUCCGACGCGAUGUUAUCCAGACUCGAUGGAAAUGUCCAGAAAUGCUUCCGGAGUGCCCCUCGUGAGUUCGUCCUCCCAUGUAAAUAUGACGCCUGUCCCCAUGUUUGUCAACACGCCAGUGAUGCAUCAGGCGUUAUCUCAAAACAGAUUACAUUAG